AUGCUAAAGCACAACCGCCUCCAGCAUGUUCACUGUGUCCACGGACAUUCCAAGCGCCAGCUGGACUUGAAGGACACCUUUGGAUUAACUGCACUACUCGGACCGCACCAACCGUCGUCCCUCCGCCCGCCUCUUCCUCGUCCUCUAGGCCGUCGACUAGUUCGGACCGCCGUCAUGAACUACCGUUUCCAUCCCCCUCCGCCUCCUCUUCCACCUCCGCUGCUCCAGGCGCCUGCCACGCACAUCAACACCACACACAUUCCUGACACAACAACAAACACUAACACCAAAUUUGAGGACCAGGACUACACCUGCCCUCACUGCGACAGCAUCUUCAACUCACACAUCGACCUGGUCGGUCACUUGCGAAUCCAUCGCACGGAGACUAGAAACCAGUCCCUGGAACACCAACCUACAACCUGCGGUAGACAACCGCCGGCUGCACCACACCAUCUCACAACACGCCAUCACACCCUCCCUCCCUCAGCACCAUCUCGCCACACAUCAACAUCACCCACCGCAAGCACCCAACUGCCAUUUCCCACGCAAGUGGGAAGUGUGCGUCUUGACUCUGUCUCCCUGCGGCACUUGUUGCAUGGGUGA